CAUGGAAUGAAGAAGCUCGAUUUUUUCGUUCCCAUUUUGCCCCUCCUAUCGUCUCCUUCCUCCGUCUCCAAACCCUUCUCCUCCUCCUCCUCCAAAACCCUAACCCUAACCUUAGCCCCGACACCGGCCCCGACCCUCUCGGCCCUCUUCGCCCGCGCCGUCGACCCCUCCUCCGUGGCCUCAUGGAACUCGGCCAUCGCCGACCUCUCCCGCUCCGGCGAUCCCUCCGCCGCUCUCUCCGCGUUCUCCUCCAUGCUCCGCCUCCGCCUCCGCCCCGACCGCUCCUCCCUCCCCCCCGCCCUCCACUCCGCCGCCGCUAUCUCCGCCCUCGGCCCCGGGCGCCAGCUCCACCUCCUCGCCCUCCGCCUCGGCCUCCUCCCAGACCUCUUCGUCGCCUCCUCCCUCGUUCACAUGUACUCCCGCUGCCGCGAGCCCUGCGACGCCCGCGCCGCCUUCGACGAGACCCCACGCCGCAACCCCGUCCUCUGGACCGCCAUGGUCGCCGGCUACGUCCACAACGACCUCCCGCUCCGCGCCCUCUCCCUUUUCCGCUCCUUCCUCGCCGAGGAGGGCCCCACUGCCGUCGACCCCGCCGCGGCCGUCUCGGCCCUCGCGGCCUCGGCUAGGAUUCCCGACAAGCGCAACUCUAAAAUAAUCCAUGCGCUUGCUGUAAAGAUCGGUAUUUGCACGGAUUUAGGAGUUGGGAACACUCUAAUAGACGCAUAUGCUAAAGGAGGGGGUGAUUUGGUUGUCGCCCGUAAGGUGUUCGAUGGAAUGCCUGAGAGGGAUGUGGUGUCGUGGAAUUCCAUGGUAGCAUUGUACGCACAGAACGGGUUGUCAGCGGAGGCGCUGGAGCUGUAUUGUAGGAUGUUGAAUGGUGGAGGGGUGCGGCAUAAUGCAGUCACGUUGUCCGCUGUUCUAUUGGCCUGCGCCCAUGCUGGGGCUUUGCAGACGGGAAAGUGCAUCCAUGAUCAGGUGGUAAGGAUGGGUUUGGAGGAAAAUGUAUAUGUGGGCACGUCCAUCGUCGACAUGUAUUGCAAGUGCGGGCGAGUCGAAAUGGCGCGAAAGGCGUUCGACCGCAUGAAGGAAAAGAAUGUCCUGUCAUGGUCGGCCAUGGUUGCCGGUUACGGCAUGCAUGGCCGUGGACAAGAAGCUCUUCAAGUGUAUUCCGAAAUGAGAAAAUCCAGAGUAACUCCCAAUUACAUAACGUUUGUGUCGGUCCUCGCUGCCUGCAGCCAUGCUGGACUUCUUAAAGAAGGCCGUCAUUGGUUCAAUGCCAUGAAAGAAGAAUAUAAUGUAGAUCCUGGCGUCGAGCACUACGGAUGCAUGGUGGACCUUCUUGGUAGAGCAGGUUGCCUUGACGAGGCUUAUGGUUUGAUAACAGGAAUGAAGAUUAAACCUGAUUUUGUAGUGUGGGGGGCUCUUCUUAGUGCAUGCAGAAUUCACAAAAAUGUUAAAUUAGGGGAGAUUUCUGCAAAGAAACUGUUUGAGCUCGACCCGAAGAACUGUGGGUACUAUGUUUUGCUCUCGAAUAUAUAUGCAGAUGCUGGGAGGUGGAAAGAUGUGGAAAGAAUGAGAAUUCUUAUUAAGAAAAGGGGAAUACUGAAGCCACCAGGGUAUAGUUUGGUGGAACUCAAGGGUAAAAUCCAUUGUUUCUUUGUUGGGGACAGGAAGCAUCCUCAGCACAAUGAAAUCUAUGCCUAUUUGGAGAAACUCUUUUUGAAGAUGCAAGAAGCCGGCUACGUUCCGGAUACAGGAUCAGUUUUGCAUGAUGUAGAUGAAGAAGAGAAAGGGACGGUAUUGCGUGUUCAUAGCGAGAAGCUGGCUGUUGCAUUUGCUAUUAUUAAUACAGUUCCUGGAACCGCGAUCCAUGUAAUCAAGAACCUUAGAGUUUGUGGAGAUUGUCAUUCGGCAUUCAAGCUGAUCGCUAAGCUUGUUGAUCGAGAGAUUGUAGUUAGAGACUCACACCGAUUUCAUCAUUUCAAAGAUGGGUUCUGCUCCUGCGGUGAUUAUUGGUGAAAGCAUAUGGUGGACUAGAGCUUCCAUUUUAUCCUAGAUGAUCACAAAGAGUUCUGACUUAGAAUUUGUGAAAUGGGUUAAGACUUAAGAUGGUCAUCUUAUAGGAGAAAGGUUACAUGUAGAGCAUGCCACAUAACCGGUGUCAUUGAUUUUGGACACAAAAAAGGGUCAAGAAUGCUGCUGCAAAAUGUAGGAAAGUUCAGAUAUUGAACUAAAAUUUCUCAAAUGGGUUAAGAUGGUUUUUUUAUGGGGAAAGGGUUACAUGUGGAUCACGAGUUUUAACUUGCGUCAUUGAUUUUGGACACACGAGAGGAUGAAGAAUGCAACUGUCUACUGCAAAAUGUAGGAUAGUUCAGAGGCUAAACCAUUUAAAAUGAAAAAGUUUGAGGCAUGAGGACUACAUGAUUCUGUGCAUUUUACCCACAUUUAUAGGGAGGUUAAUUCUUCCAUGGAGCAUUCUUAUGAAGGAUAGUUAUGGCUAUCAUAAUUUAUUCUUAUUGGUUAAAGUUGAUCUCGGAAGUAUCUUAUUCUUUUGCUGAUGAAAUAAGGACCAGCAGCUGGUCGAUUUUCGCUCUUUAAUGAAGAUUCUCUCAAAUCUGUGAUGGGACAAAUAUAAUGCCAGGUGACUACAGAGUGUAUUUACAUGGGAGUCAUCUUGUGAUUUUUUUGGUUGCUCUAACCGAUUUUGAUAAUGACACACUUAUAUGAGUUAGGGGGGCCAAUUGAUUAAGUUCAGUUGAACAACUGAAAGUGAGACCUAGCAAAGAGCUCCAGGAUUGUGCUCAUUACCGUUGGCGAAAAGGUUAUUCUUUCUACAAGCUACACCUUUUUUAUUUGGUUGAUGUUUUUAGUGAUACAUUCAACGCAUGGAAUAUGGAAAGCUUAAUGCAGACAGUCUUAACUUAUUGGUAGAUUCAAAGUGAAACGCUUAUCAAUAAGUUUUACUUGUUUACAUAACAACGUAUCUUCUUGGGACGAUACUAUAAUGAUGUAUUAUUUGAGGGGAAUAAAAUCUACUGAAAAGUGUCUUUUUUUUAAAAAAAAAAUUGAUGCCACAUUCUUCUUCUUCUUCUUUGCAAUAAUGACAGGUUACUUAUGUAAAUUUUUCUGUAUGAUGCUAAGUGUUCUAGAAGUAUGCAAGAGCUUGCUUGUUGGAGCUGCUGUACAAGUGCUGUUUGAGAUGAGCCAGUCUAAAAGGCUUUCAUAACUUUCAUUGUCCCACUAUACUAUCUAACGGACGCCUUUAACAACUAGAAGCAAAAGCUUUGGGUUGGAGCUUUUUCUUUCAGGACCUAGAAAUCAUCUUGGUUUUGCUUCAACCAAAAGUUUUAAACCAGCCUUCACCAAAUAGACUCUUUAAUCACAUAAUUCCUUAAAGGGUGUAUUCCAUAAAGGGUGAUGCUUGCUAACGGAUCACAUAGAUCAGGUUUCUUGCACAAACUGCUCAGUUAUCAAUUAAACAACAAUUCGAGCAGAUCAAAAUUCAUAGUAAGGAAAAAGAUAGUAAGUUACCACAAACAUACUUCUUUUUCUUUAUUCUCGUUGAUAAGAAUGCAUCACAGUACUGCACAAUUCAGAGAUGAGAAUUACCUACAUAGUAAUUGUCACAACUAAUCGUAGAAAGGCUUCAAGGAGAACUAAACCAUCUUUCUUUCGAUCUCAUAAGAAGAUUGAGUGGUUGAGGCAACAAGAGGUGCUUUUCAUUACUCUCCCUUUGUCGCCUUCUCCUUUGGUUUGCUCUUCUUGGCCUUCAUGAAGCAGAAGCAUGAGCAACAUGGAGAUUGAAACAAGAACUUCAUUCUAUAGUAGUAGUGGUGGUGGACGAAGUGGUUUCAAUUAUGUAGAAGAAUUUAGUCUUUCUUCACCUUCUUCACCUCCUUUAAAUAAUUAAAUGAUAAAAAUGUAUGGAGACCCCUUCAAUUAUAGGCAUUUUCCAAAAGGUCCCUCAUCUUUUUUUUGAUUGACACCCGGUGGACUUCUUUUUUUUUCUUUUGUUGAAUUAUUCUAGUUAAUUUAAGUCAAUGUAAUUUAUUGAAAGUUGAUCAAAACCAUUAAAUUUAAUAGAAUAGAAUUAUUGAUGAAUUUGAUACAAAUUUUGAUUUGUCUUACUAAAAUCAUUAAUUCAAAUAAAAAAAAAUGAAAGUUAACCAUUCCUUUGUGGGUAGAGGGUAGAGGGGGCCAUUUCAAAACGGGCUAUAGUUGAAGGGGUACCCAUACAUUUUUACCUAAUUAAAUCCACUUGUGCGGAUUCCUUUCCAUCCCACUUUUUCUAAAGAAAGAUGCCAAAGAAUUUGGUCUAGGAGAGUUGGUAUGGACACAAUUUAAAGUCACCUUCACUGUAUUAUAUACUUUGUGGGUCCUGUUUGCCACUGAUAAAAUAUGCUCUGAUAGCUGCAAUUAUUAUUUGUUUAGGACUCUUGGGUUAUAAGCAAAUAAGAGUGAGAGAAAUUAUGUGCUGCUUAAUAAAAUGAAGGAACUUGAUGUAACUGGUUUGAGAUAAAUCAUGUUCCAAGGUAUUAUCCAAUGGUGCCUUUCCUAUCGAAUGUGAUAUUUCUGAGACAAAAAAAGACAGUUGUAACCCACGUAUCUAAGCAGUAAGAACUAGAAUGCCAUGUAUUAAUGUAUGAAUUAUGAAAUUAUAAUACCAAUGAAUAUAUUGUGCUACCAGUCCCUAUACAGUUUGUCAAAUUCAGUCCUUCAUCUCAAACUUUGUGCUUUGUAUAUGUUGCAUUCUUACAUCCGCAUAACAAAUUCAUCAACUAAUUUGUAACUAGACCAUUGGCUGUAACUUAGUUGUAGUAUUGAUUGAAAUAUGUGAUGGGGUUGAUUAUCAAUGGAUGUAUGUUGCAGAGUAGUAUGGAUGCACUCUGUCUAGGCAAUAAUUUUUUCCCAAGUUUGGGGGCAUUCAAUUGUUACCCUCCAAUCAACCAUGCAUGCUUGCUUAGGAAAAGAAAAUUAUGUCACUAGAACUUUUGGUGGAAUUAGAGAAAUGAAUGUCGGUGGAAUGGUUAAUAUGGUUUGUUAGUGUUCAGUUUACGAUGAAUGAUUAGCUAUGAUAUACAAAGAGUUUGCAGGGAAGAGAGGAAGUAACAAGAAAAUGUAAGAAAGCCGAAGUCCCAACUCUUGUUCUUAUAUGAAUACAAUUUUGUGACUAAUUGUACUCUUGUUCUUGAUGACCUGUUGAGGAGUUGAAAAGAGUUACUGUUCCAACUCUCAUGGUAACUGUGGUUAUGGUACUGUUAACCAUGGUUAAGGUGGCGAAUUUGACUAAAUUGAUAUGACGGGCUCUCUAGAGAGACAAAUUUGAUUGAUUUGACUUUUUUCACUGUUUCUUUUAUAGGUAAACUUCUUUCUCACAUAAGUGUAAGAUGGAGAUGUAUGUAAUUAGAUAUAGGCUAGUUAUCUCUACAUCUAUCUCAUUUGGCCGCAUGUUAAGUAGUAUAAUAGGAUAAAAUUAUCUUGUUUAACUGUUGCACUUCUACUAACGUUUAAUUUAAGCGCAGAUCGAGAUACAGUAGAAGAUGGACCUUCAUUUGCAAGUUUAACUGUAGCAUUUUAGUACAAAUGUGAUAAAUCAAGUAGAAUUUUUAGAUUUACAUGCAUUUACCAUUGCAGUGACUAUUGAAACCUUAAACUGCAGGUACUGGGACAACGUGUGAAUUUAAAGUGAAUGCAAAGAGGAUAAUGCUGUAGCAUAGGAAUGGUACAUUAGGAUUCCCUUUGUAGUGGUGUGCAUUUGUUGUGGAAUCAAAUGAUGUCUCAAUUAAUGGUGUGAUGUUGAUGUAGAUGAUGAUGGGCCAAGACAACCACCAUUUCCUAGCCAAAGCUAAGUUUGCGUGGAUAAAGGUGAGCAAUCGCAUGCACAUGUGUAGCUUGCCAUGUGUGACUUUUAGAGAUAGCCUAAUUCCACCUUGUCUCCUAAUAAUAGGGCUAGUUUUGUACCUCCCAUGUAUGAUUGCACUUACUUCAUAAGAAAUUAAUACCAUUUACUGAACCCCUUCACUCUAACAUUGUACUAGACAA